AUGAAUUGGAACAAUGAAAAUGUUAUUAAAUUUAUCGAGGCCUAUAAAGAAAGUAAGCAAGUAUUAUGGGACCCCAGCCACAAAAUAUAUUACAACAGGAAUCUGAAGCAGGAGGCCUGGGAUGAACUCUCCGUCGAAAUGGAGUGUCCAGUUGGCGAAUUGAAGAAAAAGAUGGAUUAUUUGUUGGUUGCCCUUCGCCGUGAAAAAUCAAAAAUCGCUAAAACCAGCACAACAGGAAAAGGAGCUGAUGAAGUAUACCAGUCUUCUUGGUUCGCUUUCAAAUUUUUGCAAUUUCUGAUGGACAGAAACAAGCCUCGCCCGAGAAUUAAUACUGAAGACCAAGACCGCGCUUUGAAGGAUAAUACAUCUGAAAAUGAGGAAAAUGACGACAUAGGUGAAGAUCAUGAUCAGUCACAAGAUAAACAACCCCGUUCCACCGUGAGCACUGAAUCGGACCAAACAACCGAUAAUGCAAAGAAUUCAUCAAAAUCGCAAUUCAAAUCUCCACUUCCGAAAAAGAGAAAAUACGACGCGAACCAGAACCCAAUGUUGCAAUCGGCAUUUGAUUUGCUGAAAUCAUCAGCUUCGGCUGCUAAAGCGGUAGCUACUGCUUCGACUGCACCCGCUUCUGGAUUAGACCAGUAUCAGCUAUACGCUAAUUAUUUGGCAAGCAAAUUUAGGAGUUAUUCCAAGCAAACCUACAUGACUGUGGAACAUCAAAUAAACAACAUCCUAUAUAACGCUGAUUGUGGACAAUAUGAAUAUCAGCGCGGGUACUCCACUCCGUCAUCUACGUAUCCCAUGGCUGAGACUACAACUCCACAAAUGUCUGUCAAUUCUUCUUAUUCAAACAGAGCACAAAGUUUAGCCCCGCACAUGACUGAAAAUCAAGCACAUUGUCCAGUGACUCAAGUGGAUGAUUCGUCGAUGGACUCCGAAGAUUCUUUUCGUGAUUUGAUCCAUGACAUCAAUUAUUAGUAAUAAACAAUAAUUGUUUAUAAAAUUAUAAAUAAUUGAUGGCAUGGAUCAAUAAUUAUUUCUAUAAUAAAAAAUA